CUCAAACCUUCAUUUCACCUUUUAUAUCCCACUCCUUUCCUUAUUUAUUUUCUCAUUUAUACCCUUACCAUUCUUUCAAAAUUACAUUAAUGCCCCUGCCACUCUCCUCAGCCUCACCUUCACCUUCAUCCAUGGCUUCUCUCCCAACCCACUACUACACUCUUCAUCUUCACCGCCAAUGCUUUUCUUCCUCACUUUCCCCAACUCUCUCUAUCCUUUCCAACCCUCACUUUUCGUUUUCCCGCAAAUUUCAUCUCUUUGCUUCCCGCCAAAAUCUUACGCGCAGAGACAAAGUUUACUCUCUCUGCUGCUUCUGCAAAGCUGGUACCGAGGUCACUAGGGUUCCGGUCGAUGAGGAAAUUGAAAGGCCUCCGUUUGAUAUUAAUCUCGCUGUUAUUCUCGCUGGUUUCGCUUUUGAAGCUUAUACUAGCCCUCCUGACAAUGUUGGUAGACAGGAAAUUGACGCAGCAGAUUGUAAGACAGUGUAUCUAUCAGAAACAUUUGUACAAGAAAUAUACGAUGGGCAGUUAUUUGUGAAAUUGAAAAAGGGUGUUGAUCUUCCUGCCAUGGAUCCCUGGGGGACAAGUGAUCCAUAUGUGAUAAUGGAAUUGGAUGGUCAAGUUGUCAAGAGCAAGAUUAAAUGGGGGACAAAAGAGCCAAAAUGGAAUGAGGACUUCACAUUUAAUAUCAAGCUGCCUUCAAAGAAAAAUCUUCAGGUUGCAGCUUGGGAUGCAAAUCUUGUAACACCACAUAAACGGAUGGGCAACGCAGGCAUUAAUUUAGAUUGCUUAUGUGAUGGAGAGUUGCAUGAAGUACUGGUGGAACUGGAGGGGAUGGGUGGUGGUGGAAAGUUACAACUAGAGGUCAAGUAUAAAGACUUUGACGAAAUUGAUGAGGAAAAGGACUGGUGGAGAAUUUCUUUUCUUUCAGAGUUUUUUCGUAAAAAUGGUUUUGAUUCUGCUAUGAAGAAAAUCGUUGGCUCUGAAACAGUUCAAGCCCGCCAGUUUGUUAAUUAUGCUUUUGGGCAGAUGAAAUCCUUCAACGAUGCAUAUCUUACCAAGGAUAAACUUCCAGACAAUGAAAAUGAGGAAAGUGUGAUUGAGAUGUCUAGCGAAGACGCUCUUGUAUCAGACAUGGCACCACAGAUCGAAAAAAGUGCCAAUGGACCCUCAAAUAAUGCGGACCAUGAUAGUAGCAAUUUAGAGGAUCUCAACACAAAUGAUGAUGGAGCGGACAAUGGAUAUGCUCCAGAAUUAGUAAAUCAAGUUGGUGAGACAAAGGAAUCAGAUAAAGAUUUCUGGAAGAGCUUUGCUAAUGUUAUCAAUCAAAGUGUUGUUCAGAAACUUGGUCUUCAAGCCCCAGAGAAAUUAAAGUGGGAUGGAUUUGACAUGUUAAACAGUAUUGGCUUACAGUCAAAAAAGAUAGCAGAGGCAAGUUACAUUGAAUCUGGGCUUGCAACUCCAGAAGGCAUAGAUGAAGACCUUGAUUCAACGAAUGGCUCGCUUGAUAUGAACGCCAUUCGUUCUUCUCUUCCAGCUAUAAAAAAGGCAACAAAUGAUCUCUUAAAGCAAACAGAAUCUGUAUUAGGGACGUUAAUGGUUUUGACUGCAGCAAUUUCUGAAGCAAAUAAGGAAGGACAUCUUUCAGAAAAGAGUGAAUCAAAACAAGAAGAUGCUUCAAAUGUAGAAGAUGAUUUUUCUGGAUCUAAUGAGAAGCUUGCUUCACGAGAUGGGCCGGUCCUGGAUGAAAAAAAGGCUGAGGAGAUGAGAGAGCUAUUUUCAACUGCAGAGAGUGCCAUAGAGGCUUGGGCAAUGCUUGCGACUUCUUUAGGUCAACCAAGCUUUAUUAAGUCUGAAUUUGAGAAGAUAUGUUUCUUAGACAAUGAAACAACAGACACAGAGGUGGCAAUUUGGCGAGAUCCUUCGAGGAGAAGAUUGGUUGUUGCUUUUAGAGGAACAGAGCAGGCAAAAUGGAAGGACUUGAAAACAGAUUUAAUGGUAGCACCUACAGGGCUUAACCCUGAAAGAAUAGGUGGAGACUUCAAGCAAGAAGUUCAAGUUCACAGUGGUUUUUUAAGUGCAUAUGACUCAGUGAGGAUAAGACUAUUCACUAUCAUCAAACAGGCAAUUGGUUAUUCUGAUGAUCAGGAGGUAUCAUUCAAAUGGCAUGUUUAUAUAACUGGUCAUAGUUUAGGAGGUGCGUUGGCCACCCUUCUUGCUCUGGAACUUUCAUCGAGUCAAUUGGCAAAACGUGGGGCAAUAUCUCUGACCAUGUAUAACUUUGGAUCUCCUAGAGUUGGUAACAAACGAUUUGCAGAUAUUUACAAUCAGAAAGUCAAAGAUAGCUGGAGAGUCGUAAAUCACAGGGACAUUAUACCAACAGUUCCACGUUUGAUGGGUUAUUGCCAUGUUGCUCAACCUAUAUAUUUAGGGGCAGGAGAUCUAAGAAACGCCUUGGAAAAUUUGGAGCUUUCUGGAGAUGGUUACCAUGGGGAUGUGAUCGGGGAAGCCACACCAGACGUACUUGUCAGUGAAUUUAUGAAGGGUGAGAAGGAACUCGUCGAAAGAAUAUUACAGACGGAAAUAAAUAUAUUCCGCGCUAUCAGAGAUGGGAGUGCACUCAUGCAACACAUGGAGGAUUUCUAUUACAUCACAUUGCUAGAGAAUGUAAAAUCGAAUUACUUAGCAGCAAGAUCAACUGCUUCUGAUGAAGGUAGCCAAAUCAGUGAAUGAGGUUAGCAUCUCAUAGUCAUAUCCAUAAGAAACUCUAUAGUCUAUACUCUAUAGUCCAUACAUACACAUUCUUCUUUUAAUUAUUCAUUGUAAGAGUGUUGCACCAUUAAAAGGCAUGAACCUUUUCAAGGUUCAAGUAAGAUCUUCAGUAAUUUCACUACACUGUAAAUUUGUAAUACAGCCAUAAUUUUUACCAACUGUAAAUUUGGGUACAGUUUUUUUUUUUUUUGGUUUACACAGAAAAGCAAUAAUACAAUCAUUUGUAAUUAAUAUUCCUUCAUUUGCU